AUGAAUCGGAUCACUAUCCUUGUAUUCAUCGCAGGUGCAGCUGCACAGGGCUUUCCCUCCACAUGCCCACAGGGGCUGCCUCAGAACCCCAACGCGACGAUCGGAGUAUGUCCAACCGAUUUCACCCUCAUUGGACCUGAGCUGGAAGCCAUUCACGAAAGUAAGAAUGCGCCGACUGGGUUCGCGGUGGACCGUGAUCUGAACAUCUACCUCACCUAUCCGCGGAAUUUCGGAGCAACGCCGGUGAAUGUGGCCAAGGCGACUGGUUUCGCAUCCGAGGAGCCCUGGCCCAACGCCGCGAUUCAGAACUGCACCGUAGGCCAAGACCCUGCGGAGUGCUUCAUCAAUGUGCAGAACGUGGUGCUCGAUGCACUCGGCCAGCUGUGGGUCCUUGACUCGGGGAUUCCGCCAGGAGCCAAGACGGCAGUGUCCCGGGGCGCCAAGGUUGUCGCUUUCAGUCAGGCGGGGCUGUCGAUUCGGAACUAUGUGAUCCCCGAUGACUUCUUCUUCGACAACAUGAACGCUAACGACCUGAGAAUCAAUAACACGCUAGGGGCGGGCGGAUAUGCGUUUAUCACGGAUGCGUCGGCCUCAGGUUCGCUGCUUGCCAUCAAUCUGGAUGACGGGGCGGUUACGAGGAGACUGCACAACACAACAGUGACGAAGGCCGAUCCCAAAUUUGUUGGUUCAUAUAACGGUGAGCCAUUAUAUGCCUGGAAUGGCACCAAAAAGUCGUACGCGACAACGGGCGCCGAUGGUAUCGCACUGGCUUCUGGGAACCUGUAUUGGGGCGUUCUGGCGUCUCGCCGAUACUAUUUUAUAUCCCAGGAGACGUUGAUUAACAGCUCAUUGUCCGACGAAGGGAUGCUAUCUGCGGUCCAGGAUCCCGGAGAGCUUGGCUCGGAGCAGGCGGGGUUCUCAGCUGAUGAUCGCGGACGAGUCUAUAUGCUUGCCAGCGAACAGAAUGCGAUCUACUACGUCGACACCCAGCAGAGUGAGGUCUCCGAAGAGAUCAACGGAACGCCGCCUGGUGGAACGGGCCCUGUUCCCACGGAGAACUAUUUCGUGAAAACAUUGGUGAGAAGCGGGCUCAUUCAGCAUGCCGAUUCAGCGGCUGUACUGGACGGCUGGCUAUAUUUCUGUACUAACCAGCUGGAGCUGAGCCCCAUAAGACAGUACAAGAAUGUCGACGCGAGGAAAGGUCCGUUUCGGAGCUACAGGACGUGGAUCGGGAGAGGGCCUGCGGUAUAA